AUGGCGUCCUCCUCUCUUCUCAGUCAGAUUUCAGACGACUUCUUGCAGUGCAAGGUUUGUUACGAGCCGUACAAGACGCCCAAAGUCCUGGCCUGCCUGCACACGUUCUGUCUGGAGUGUUUGGAACAGUCGCUGGAGAAACAGCGCGGCGAGAGGAGCCGACUGUUCUGUCCAACAUGUCGGACGGCAACCUGCUUGCCCGAGGGGGGCGUGACUAGACUGAAGGACAACUUCUUCGUGGAGAGUCUCCGAGACACCGUGGACAUAUACAGGAAAAUCCACAGUAAACACGAGGACGUGAUGUGUAACAACUGCGCGGAGAACGACAGCCCCGAGGCGGCGUCCGCCCGCUGCCUGACGUGCGACGAGUUCCUGUGCCCGGACUGCGUCAAUGCUCACAAGCGGGUCCGUCUGACCCGGGACCACUGCCUGGUGGCGCUGGACACCAUCCGGGCCUCCAAGACGGAAGCGCCGCUGAAGAACGCCAAGACUCCCUUGUGCGAGAAACACGACAAUCAAGUCAUGAGGUUCUUCUGCACGACGUGCAGGAUUCCUGUGUGCCACGACUGUACCGUCAUCGACCACAGAGAACCAGAGCACGAGUACGUCUACCUGACUGAACUCGUGGACGACACGAAAGACGUCCUCACGGAGCUUUCCUCUCUCAGCGAGGGGCGGAUCCACGAAAUCAAGGUUGUCCAAAGCGCCCUGGCCAAGACGUCGCUCACUUUGGAAGAGAACAAGGCCGCGGUGAAGCGCCAGCUAGCGACGGCGACGGAGAAGCUCAAGCAGCGCGUGGAGAGGAAGAUCGACAAGCAGCACAAGCUGCUGCUGAAGAAGCUCAGUGAAAUCGUCUCAAGUCGCGAAAAGGAACUCAACAUACACGAGGACUUCUUGGACACGACGUUGGCGAGCUUGAAGAGUUCGCUGGACUUUGCCAGGAAGGUCUUGUCACACGGCAACGACUUUGCGAUGAUGGACGUGAGCAAAGAGAUAGAGGAGAGGAUGACGUCACUGCUGGAAGCUGACCUGCCCAACGUCGAUGACGUCACGGACCAGCUGGUGCACCUGACGUUCCUGCCGUCCCAUGAGCCUCUAGACUCGGUGGUGAUUGGCACUAUUGAGGAGACAAGAGCUGUCCCGUGUAAGAAGCUCCUCCCCUGCGGCCACCCGUGUGAUGACGUGCACCACCCGAACACGCCCUGCAGUCAGCGGUGCCGCAGCACCGUCAACAUCCGGGUCAACUGCUGCAGGUGCGGCGCGCCAAUCAGGAAACCCAUGGACGACAGGGAAUGCUGGGAAAUUCGCAGGCACCAGAAAUGUUUCCGGUGCGCGUGGAGACACUGGUCGCUGCAGGACAGGAGGUUACAGCUGGAGAUGAUUCCGGAACUGGAGGUGAUUCCGGAUGAUGCCAUUAACAAUAUUAACGAGUUUAUGACGUCCCCGAAGAUCGCCAGCCUGUCGUGGGGGUCGAUGCGUGUGGAGGGUGGCGGGAGGUACAAGGACUGUAAGGUGUGGCCGGGCGGCAGCCGUGCCUGGGACUGGCGGGAAACCGGCACUGACCACAGACCGGGAGUUCAGCCGGCUGAUCUGGAGGAGGUUCUAAGGAAAGGCGUGAAUACUUUAGUCAUCGGACGGGGGAUGAAUGAAGUUCUCCAGGUUCCUCAGAGAACGAUCGACCAUGUCCAGAGCCAGGGUGUGGAGUGUGUGGUGUUACAGACGGAGAGGGCAGUGGACGAGUACAACAAGAUGGCGGCCGCCGGCAAGAAAGUUGGAGGGGUUUUCCACUCUACUUGUUAAGGGGCGUCGUACACUUUCGCAAACUUUUGUUUGAUGUCCUUGCAAUUGGUGACAUAUAUAUGCUACCCUCAAGGGUUUCGUGGACUAAAGAAAAUCAUUAGUUGUAAUGCACAUGUCGGCUCCAUUUGAGCUGUAAUAUAUUUAAAAUUAUGAUGCAAAAAAUUACAAAGACAUGAAAACUAGUCGUACAUCUGAUGUACCGAUAUGUCCCAGUCUAUUAUCUAUUCCUUUGCUCAUACAUGUAUGUGUGUAUUGUGUAUGUAACUCCGAAAUGUAGUAAACGAUACCUAAUAUUAGCCCGACAGGUGUUGCUAAUAGAUAUUUCCUGAGCCGAGCACCGUGUAAUGAAUGCUCUCGGUUUGUCUGGAAUGAAAGCUAUAUUGGAAGCCUGGAGUCCGUCCGUUUGAAGUUAAGAUUUCUAUGAGAUUCUAGAGAGAGAGAAAACUCCAAAAUAUAGUAAACGAUGUCUGUUAUUAGCCUGACAAGUGUUGCUAAUAGAUAUUUCCUGAGCCGAGCACCAUGUGAUGAAUGCUCUCGGUUUGUCUGGAAUGAAAGCUAUAUUGGAAGCCUGGAGGCUUCCUCCGUCCGUCCGUUUGAAGUUAAGAUUCUAACGGCGGGGAGCCACCGCUCACACCACGCCGUCUGAAUACACACACACUAGCCGCAGGCCCUUCAUUCUGCUCAGCCAAGCGGCUAAUAUGCAUCGCCUGCGAAGGGCUAAAUGCGUUUCCAGAGGACGAACAAAUCGACUUUUUACAGAUUGCUACCAUCAGGCCAUUAAAUAGAGCUGCACUCUUGGCGUGCGUACAUCUUACUCGCCUCUGCGUGGUGUGGGGUGGCAGGCAUGGGGUGAAUUGUUGACUAAGACCUCACGCAGUUCCAAGUUCAAUGCGCCUUCCAGUACCAGAGUUGUCAACCAAGGAUUGAUGUGUUCAAAAAACUAAUUCUUUCCUAGAAUUAUCGGAGAGCGGAACUCCCUGUCACCAGGUACAGUAGGGCCAUUAACAUUAGAUAGCUUUAAACAAAUUGUUUAGAGAUUCGAAGAGCUAAUCGAGACCCAUAGGCUAAUAAAUGAUACAG